CCCUCCUCCUCCUCUUUGGGAGUCUGCGUGAUCUCACAGUUUGUCCAAAGGCCCCCGAUCAACCCUAUUAAAGCUAGUUUGAGAAGGCUACCACCAGCACUAUGCCUAUGAUCCUGGGAUACUGGAAUGUCCGUGGUCUGACACAAUCCAUCCGCAUGCUCCUGGAAUACACAGACUCAAACUAUGAGGAGAAGAAAUACAAAAUGGGGGAUGCUCCUGAUUGUGACCAGAGCCAAUGGCUGAGUGACAAGUUCAAGCUGGGCCUGGACUUUCCCAAUCUGCCCUACUUAAUUGACGGGUCCCACAAGAUCACUCAGAGCAACGCCAUCCUGCGCUACAUUGCCCGCAAGCACAACCUGUGCGGGGAGACAGAGGAAGAGAGGAUUCGUGCCGACAUUGUGGAGAACCAGGUCAUGGACCACCGCAUGGAGCUCAUUAGGCUAUGUUACAACCCUGACUUUGAGAAGCAGAAGCCAGAGUUCUUGAAGACCAUCCCUGAGAAGAUGAAGCUCUAUUCGGAGUUUCUGGGCAAGCGGCCGUGGUGUGCAGGGGACAAGAUCACCUAUGUGGAUUUCCUCUUCUAUGAUAUUCUUGACCAGCACCGUAUAUUUGAGCCGCACUCCCUGGAUGCCUUCCCCAACCUGAACGACUACAUGGCCCGCUUUGAGGGCCUGAAAAAGAUAUCUGACUACAUGAAAAGCAGCCGCUUUAUCUACAAACCAUUCUAUGUAUCGCUGGCCUUUUGGAACCCAAAAUAGGACUGCAAAACCCAGACCUCUGGGAAUAUUCAUGACCACCCUGUUGGCUCUGCUCUUGGCCAAGGCAGUGUGUCCCCACCAAAUAUUGUUUCCUACUCCUUUCUACUCCUGAUUCCUCCAUUUUUUCUUAUAAGCCCUUCAGUCUCCUGCUCCUAUUCCUUUGCCCUGCCCUGCAUCCAGCCCUUCCUCCUUGCUGCUUGGAGGAAUGUUACCAGACCCUAGAAUCCCCAGAAAGGCCUGAGAGAUCAGAUCUUCCUGUGUGCUGGCCCUGGUCCUCAGAGUGAGCAACUGAGCCCUGUCUCAUCCCCAGUAAAGUUUGAAUAACA